AUGGAACCCGCCUCCUCCCCGGACGAGCAUGACGACGACAUUGACGAGGAGCACAACCCGCCUUCCGCCCUCGCCCACACCGCCACCCGCACCUCCGUCACUUCAUCCGCCUCCCGCCCGCCAGACUACGAAGUCACCCUCGAUGCCACCGACCCAGAGAAUCCCCGCAAUUGGCCCCUCUGGUACCGCACCUACACUGUCCUGGCCGUAUCGUACGCGACCUGGGUCGUCGUGCUGUACAGCACGAGCUACAUGGCCGCGAUCCCGGGCCUCAUGGCCGAUUUUGGCGUCGCUGACAAGCCGCUGGCCACGAUGGGCCUGACGUCGUACCUGCUGGGGCUGGCGGCGGGGAGUGUGGUGGUUGCGCCCAUGAGCGAGCUCUACGGGCGGAGGGCCGUGUAUCUCGUGUGUAUGGGUGUGUUUGUGCUGCUGAUUGUGCCGUGUGGGGUGGCGGGCAGUUUGGGGGUGAUGGUUGGAGUGAGGUUUAUUGGGGCGGUGUUUGGCGCGGCCAUGAUCUCCAACAGCCCCGGGACCAUAGUCGACAUUGCCGGGCCCGAGACGCUCGCGCUGUGCAUGUCGUGGUACAGCAUCGCGCCGCUCAACGGGCCGGUCACGGGCCCGCUGAUCGGGGGGGUUGUGUAUGAGAACCUGGGGUGGCGAUGGAGCAACUGGCUGGCCAUGAUUCUUGCGGGCGUUGCUGUGGCCAUGCUGGCCCUGGUCAAGGAGACGUACCCGCCAACGCUGAUGCAGAGGAAGGCUGCCAGGCUGCGCAAGGAAACCGGCGAUGGCAGAUGGUGGUGCCGACAUGACCAGCGCGUGUCGACGCUGGACCUGCUCAAGACCAAUCUGAGUCGGCCGUUUGUGCUGGCCGCGACCGAGCCGAUACUGUGGUUUUUCAACAUCUGGAUCUCCGUCAUCUACGGAAUUCUCUAUCUCUGCUUCAUCGCCUACCCCAUCGUCUUCACCCAACACCGCGGCUGGACCGUGUCGCAAACAGGCCUCUCCUUCCUCGGCAUCGGCCUCGGCACCCUCCUCGCCAUCAUCCUCGAACCCCUCUGGCGACGCCUCAUCCUCUCCUCCUCCUCCUCCUCCUCCUCCUCUCCCCCCACUAAAACAACACCAACACACUCCCCCCUCGCCACCACCACCAACCCAACCCAUUCUAAAUUUCCAACCCCCGAAGCAACCGCCCUAGUAAUGUGCAUCGGCGCCGUGCUAACACCACUAGGCCAAUUAACCUUCAGCCUAACCAGCCUGCCCCGCUCAAUCCAUCCCUCCAUCCCCAUCGCGCUAGGCGGCAUCCCCUUCGGCAUGGGCAACACGCUCUCCUUCAUCUACGGCAGCAACUACCUCGCCUCCGCCUACGGCCUGUACGCGGCGUCCGCCCUGGCGGGCAACGCCGUGCUGCGCUCUGUCGUGGGCGCGGCGCUGCCCUUAGCCGGGCCCGCGCUGUACGCGGCGCUGACGCCGCGGUGGGCCGGGGUGUUGCUGGGCGGGUUGGAAUGCUUGCUUAUUCCGAUCCCGUUUGUGUUUUGGCGGUAUGGGGACCGGAUACGGGAUAGGAGUCGUGUGAUUCGGUUGAUGCGGGAGGAGAGGGAUAAGACUGAAAGGCGGGAGGCGAGGGUGCUGGCUCGGAAGGAAAGGAGAGAGGUCGAGGAGGAGAGGAGGGUGAGGGUGAGGGAGGAGGGGGAAGUGGUGGUCGUCGUGAUGGGUGUGGAGGGAGAUGAGGAGAAGAAGCGGGCGGCUGCACAGGGAGCAAGGAUGGCUUGA